CACGCACGUCCCGUCGAACGCGAAAACUUACAUCGGGCACACGGUAUGUUUUUACUUUGAACUUCACACGGUCCGAGCACGACGUACACCGCAGCGGCCACACGCGUUCCCAUCGCCGUUUAAAAUAUAAUAUAAGUCGUCGCCGCGAGGAUACAUUUUAUCAUCGUAAUAAUAAUAACAAUAAUUAAUACAAACGUCGUUUAUACGCGUCGGCAAUUCGUAUUUAUUGGCUUUCGUUUUCCCGUUCGUUUUCCGAUUGCGUCUCCGAAGAGACCGAACGAGCUACUCACCCGCGUCGGAGGAGCAGCGACUACGCGAAUGCUCCAAGUCGUGCGCGCCCGACUGCUAUUAAAACCUGGUUCGCUUUUUUUAAAUUGCCCUUAAACGAAGUUUAUUUAAUAUAAUAAUAUUAGGUCCUAUAAUUCAGCCCGUCGUCGUCGUCGCCACCACCGCCGCCGCUUCAAUUGUAGACAAUCAACAGAAAUUAACCGUCCCUCCACCGCCGCCGCCACCACCGCUCACGGAGGACCGCCGCCGCCUCCCGUCUCUCGUCGUCGCGACGCGUGCGUGUGCGUGUGGACGCAGGCCUGUGAUUACCGCAAUUAUACACAACGAAUACGCCGGGCCUAAUAAUAACAACCGCCGACGGGUUUUCACGUGACACCAUGGACGAAGGCGCGUUCGACGAGUCGAUGAUGUUCAACGAAUAUCACCACCAGACCAAGCCCGGGUCACCGCCCGCGCACCACCAGCACCAGCCGCUGUUGGCGUUCCAACAGCCGGGUGAUAUGAUGGGAUACGCGCUGCCCGUGCCCGACCACAUGGACUUGCAGCACCAUCACCACCACCACCAUCACCAGCUCCAGGACAUGGACAUGCACCGACACCAUCACGGCGUCCAGGACCAAAUGCAGCAGCAGCAGCAGCAGCAGCAGGACAGGCAGGUACAGAUCGGCGAUCCGCAGGACUUGUUUCAGAUGCCGGUCACGUCCACCGUACAGGUGCAGCCGGCCGACAUCGUCGUCAACGCCAACGGACAGAAGCACGCCAUCAAGUUGGAAAUGGACGCGAACCCGUUGCCGACCACCGGCCAACAGUCUUCAGGACUACCGACUGAACAACCGGUGCCAAAGAAAUCUAGUUCAAAAUCGAAAAACACAGAUAACAACGGGACGAAGAAGAAAAAGACGAGGACAACAUUCACGUCUCAUCAAUUGGAGGAAUUGGAACGAGCGUUCGAGAGAGCUCCAUACCCCGACGUGUUCGCCCGAGAAGAAUUAGCUUUAAACCUUAAGCUGAGCGAGUCUAGAGUUCAGGUAUGGUUCCAGAACCGGAGAGCCAAGUGGCGGAAAAGGGAGCCACCCAGGAAAACCGUUUACUUGACCAAUUCCGUUUUCCCGUCCGGAUCUCCGGGAUCGUCUGUGAGCUCGACGUCGUUCACCACACUGACGACGUUCGGUGGUAACGUGUCGCCCUCGUUGGGCACGUGUUCGCCGGUCACGCUCAGCGGCUCCGAGCCCUGGGGAUACGGUGCCGCCGGUUACGGGGACCUCGCUCACCUAAACCUGCUCAACAGCAACGGGUCGUCGCCGUUCGGUCAGAACGCGUUCCACGGCAGCGGCAGCAACAACAACAAUAACAACUUUGGCGGCACGCCGUACGCCGUCCAGCCACAAGACAGCCCGGGCCUGUUCUCGGCCAGCAUGCAGUGCUUGGCCCGGCAGGACAUGAUGGGUCCGCUGGACCAAUCGCCGCCCGACCGCGACUAUCACGGGCAUCAACUCAACAAGCACGUAGUCGACUCAUACGUGAUGAGCCAGGACAUGGCAGGGCUCCUUCAGCCGGACGUCGAGUGUGACAUAGUCGGGACCAUGGGAUACGAAGUCCAGGAUCACCAACAACAUCAGCAUCAACAGCAACAGCAACAACAACAGCAACAGCAACAGCAGCAGCAGCAGCAGAUAGAAGAAGACGGGGAAGAGGAGACCGCGAUAAAAGUUGAGCCACCGUUCACGCCACUUCCGCCUUUUAUCAACUGACACAGGAGGUUUCAGUUUGACACGUACGAGUAUCAAACUGAAUUCGAAUGAAUCUGAUACGACUUGCUUCAAAUCGUUCAUGUCUCCUCAAAUAAUUCGUGUGCAUAAGACGUGUUCGCUCCAAGUGCAUUGCCGCCUUUCGAUGUACAGGCGUGAGAUCAUCUUCUGAAACACCCACGGUAGGGAUUCACAAACGAUGAAUAAUAUUACCGAUAGACGAUCAUGGUUUCGUACAAAUCAACGUCGUCGAGAAUUAUGACAUGACAAGAACGUUCGUAGAGACGAUCUGUUAAAAAUGUCAAGAUUAUAUUACAAGAAUUACGAAUCGAUAUUUAUAAGGUCUAAAAUAACAAUUUUUAUGUACAUAAAUACUUUGAUUUAUUAAUUUUUUAUUACUGAUUUAUGUUAUGUAGGUACAAUUAUUAUUAUAGGAAUUAUACAUUUAUAUAUUUGUGUGUAGUGUGUGUACAUUUCAAUUGGAACUGUAAUCGUUCAGUAUUACUCGUCCAAAGGAAACUAAUAUAAGCUAUUUAUUUAUUUUUGUAUUUAGAUAAGAAACACUAUACCUAU